GCAAAAACCGGGUUUCACAUUGUGCUGAUACACUAUAUAUAUGGCUCUUCAGACGUCCUCUCAGUCUUCCUUGUGCUCUCACCUGUUGGCCAAUGAAGUUCUCAACCAUGGUCAUUCCCAUUGCUGUAUUCGUUUCCACUAUCACAAUGGCCCUUGCUGCUUCUGUUCGUACCAAGCUGAAGGGUCCAGUAAAGCCCGACUCGUACAUUGUUGUGCUGAAAUCUGGUGAAGAUAUGGAACAUCAUAUCGAAGGUAUCACUCGGAUAUCCGCCCGGAGCCCUGGGUCAGAAUUUUCAAUCAAUCACCGGUAUAAAAUGCUGAAUGGCUACUCUGCACAUGUAACUGGAGCAUCCCUUUCUCGAAUUUUCAGUUGCCCCGAAGUUGAAUAUGUCGAAGCUGACGCCAUAGUUUCCAUUUGCGAUGGCCUCCAUGAAGUGAAUGAGGGGCUUGUGACAGAGUUCAACGAUGUCCCAGCCGAAAUAAGGGAUGACCCAGGCGAACUCGGAGGACGCGCCGAUAGGAAGCCAGUGGAGCUUAUUGUGGGAGCGGCCGGUCUCGCCCCUUUCCACUUCUCCUUUAUGGAGGCGGACGGGUCGACCCGUGUAGUUGGAGGUGCUGCCGUUGAUCCUCGCGGUAACCCCUUGGUAGAUCUCAACGGUCAUGGCACAAUGGUGGCCGGGAGAGCAGCGGGGAACAUUUAUGGCGUGACGACCUGGCCCACCAUUUAUUCGAUCAAGGUUUCCAAUUCAAGGGAAGCAGCGACGACCGACGUAAUGCGAGGCAUCGAGCUCGCUGUCGAACGAUUUGAAUCCACUGAAUCCCAUUCCAUCUUUAUAUUAACCUUCAUCUCCGACUUCGAUUCCAUUCUUAAUAUGGCCGUCAAUGAUGCCGUCAAGAGGGGUUUGCCCAUUGUAGUCCCUGCAGGGGGAGGCAGCAAGAACGUAGACGAGAAAGUCAGUCCUGCUUCCGCUGCUAACCCUAUCGCCGUUGGCGCUAUCGAAGACUGUACUCCGCCUCGGGUUGCAUCGUUCUCCAACUGGGGACCUACGGUUAUCGCUUUUGCCAAAGGCACCGCUGUCGUUCCUUCGAUCAGCGGCGCGGGUGAGUGGCAGACUGAGACUAGCACUACGAUGUCAGCUGCAUAUGUUGCGGGUUUGUUAGCCGAAUGGUUAAGUUACCAUGAGAAAUUGGUGACACCUGUUCAGCUAAAGAUUGACCUCAAGGCCCAUUUCUCCAAAAACGUUCGGGAUCCAGAUGGAAUAAUGAAGUGGAGUGCAAGACCCUUCCGACUUGUACCCAGUCAGAGGAGCUCCGUGGACGCGCAAAAUAAUAGCUUUUUUACGCAAUAGGGGGCCUCACAGUUGAUUAAAGUGGAGCUAAACUGGGUUCUGAAGUGGUUCUAAAUUCCACCUCAAGUAGGGCCUCAGUUUAGAGCGAGUUUAGGGUCACUUCAAGGGUGCUCACAGUUAGAGCGGUUCUAAAGUGUGUCCAAAGUAGCUUGGGCCUGGAUCACCUUGGACAACCGAUAUCUAGACCUAUAGAGGGGGGUUCUCAGGACGUUUGAAGAGGGCCUAGAGGCCUCUUUUGUAUGGGAACAUCCUAGGACGUCCUGAGAUGUCCUGACAAUUCACUUUCAAUUCAAAUGUUCAAG